AUGUCGCACGCGCUACAAUAUAUAAGCUUCGCCGGCCGGCGAUUCGACAGUCAUUUUUUGAUAACGCUACAAAACAAACAUUUCGUUGCAAAGCACUGCUAUAACAAGCUUCUCACUUCUCAAGUGAAUAUAUUAAACGAGAACAAAAUGUCUCUACUACCUUUCAUCCUCGGCUAUGAUCAUCCACACCGUCUCGUCAACCAGGACUUCGGCUUGGCGCUAACCCCGGAUGAUUUGCUUACUGCAGCCGUCGUUCCCAUGCUCUCUCGGGACUAUUAUCGACCCUGGCGUCAGAUGGCUGCCGCAACACGAGAUGUCGGUUCCACUAUCAAAAGUGAUAAAGAUAAGUUCCAGAUUAAUCUGGAUGUUCAGUAUUUCUCCCCCGAAGAAAUUUCAGUGAAGACCGCCGACGGCUAUAUCGUUGUCGAAGGCAAGCACGAAGAAAAGAAAGACGAGCAUGGCUUCAUUUCCCGUCAAUUCACACGUCGGUAUGCCCUUCCUGAGGGAUGUGAUCCUGAAACUGUCGAAUCCAGGUUGUCUUCAGACGGAAUUCUCAGCAUCAUUGCUCCAAAAGUAGCUCCAGCUUUGAAGACUGAGAGGAGUGUACCCAUCGCUCAGACUGGGCCAGUCAGAAAGGAGAUCAAAGAUCAGACCUCUCAGGCCAAUGCCAAUGGAGAGCAA